UCUCGUUGCCAUCAAGCAGACGACCUAGAAAUCUAGUCACGGCCGAAAAUGUCCAGAUCGAGUUGAAUGUAACAGGUCACAGAUUGUUCACUUGGGCUUUUGACCCAAGAGUAGACUUGGGACAUGUACACAUGCUGUUCAUACCUCAGUACAGAAGUGGGGGAGGAAGUACAUAUGCACCAGCUUGUGGCCUUAACAACAUCAACAAACUGCUGGCUGGUGCGACAUCUGGUUUCAGCAGACCAGUGAUUUUAUACCUAGCUUUGGAAUUGAAGGCUGGCUUCACUUACAACUUAAGCACAUGUAUUAAGUUGUUAUUUAAAUCAUUGUUAGUGCAACUGUUACAUGGUGCAAGAUUUACCGAAGGACUGGCUGCCAGGAAUUCUGAGGCUACUGUCAAAUGGUAUGGAUAGACACUGAACCAAGUGAACAGUGUAAGAGAGAUACAACACAUCUUCACCCACAUUUUAAUGUGUACACGGAAUGUAACUAAUUCCCUGAGAAGAACUUCUUGUACACAUACAUGUAAAGUGACACUGUCUGCACAGACACUGUGGAAAUACUGGAAGCUUUACAUGUAAGUGAAAUCUUCAAGGAGAAAAGUUUAGCAACUUCUACAUUCCUACUGUGUUUUUAAUUGUGAGGUAUAGAACAAGCUGUUACAGUGGUAUUUGUAGGUGUCAGGUGUGGAAAUUUGUACAAGGCAGGAUUUGGACUGCUUUUGCCGAGAAGCUCUGUUCCUGACAGCAAGGAGGUAAUUUAUCUCUGCCAACUUCAUACAAUUUAUUGUUGGAAUGGAUUACAGAAGAAGUUUUAGGUGUCGCUUUGAAAUGCCCGAACAUGUGGAAGUAGAAAGUUUCUUGGAAAACAAAGAUAUUUCAUUUGCUUGAAACUUCUUUGUGGCAGUGAUGGAGUUUUGAUGGCAUUCAGGAAAAGCAAGCAGACUAAUGGAAAGUGUUUCAUACCAUGCCGUGUUUGCACAUCAGUAUUCAUUGAUACCAGGGAAACAGUUAAAUUUCAUGUGGAUGUACAUGUAUAUAUGCGCAUGCAAUAUUAUUGUGUCUUCCACAUUUUGUACUGGAUACUCCUAACUUACACGUUCCUUGGCUUGAAUUUUAAACAAAACCCAAAACUGGAUGAUUGUUUUGGACGGCUCUGUUUGCAGACCCAUUACCAUGAGGGUUUAAGUGUCAUCCAGUAAUAAUAAUAAUAAUAAUAUACAAAUAUUAGUGCCAAUAAUAAUUACCUCAUAGAAAGUUAAACUAAGGGGAAAAUACCAGAAUCAGAAUGCAAGAAAACGAAAUUCAAGUGAUUGAGUUGCAGAUGAUGGAUCGCCGUAAGUAUUACCCACUGACGGUGCUAAGUGGGUUCAUGGUGCGGGGCAUCUUGUACCCGUUCUCGCUCAUCAAGACCCGCUUGCAAAUCCAGAAAGGUCACAGUAUCUACAAUGGCACCUUCGAUGCGUUCCUCAAGAUCACCCGCAAUGAGGGAUUCCGCGGACUCUACAGAGGCUUCUGGGUAAACUCUGUGCAGAUUCUACCGUCGUUAGGGUACAUUAGCACGUACGAAAGCACCAGAACGUUUCUAAAAGAAAAACUGCACGUCAACAACAACAAAAUACGCUCGUUUUUAGGUGGUGGGGCUGCGUCCAUCGUCGGGCAAACAAUGACAGUACCAGUUGAUAUUAUAUCGCAGCAUAUGAUGCUGCUGGGAUCCAGACUGCAGAAAGAUGGGAGAAAGAGUGUGAACACUAAACUAGCAUCGUUACAAACUAUAGAGGUGUCGGAUGAAAUGAAACGAACUCGACUGGGUGCCGUGAUGUCAAUCAUUCGCAAUGUGUAUAAAAGGGACGGAAUUCUGGGAUUUUACAAAGGAUAUUGGGUGUCAUUGGUUGUAUUCGCUCCGAGCAGCGCCCUCUGGUGGUUCUUUUAUGAUACGUACUGUGGUGUGAUAGCCUCAUUUGCCCCUCUGUGGGUUCCCCACCUCGUCAUUCAGUGCCUGGCCGCUCCACUAGGGGGCGUUAGUUCUACCCUCAUCACCAACCCCAUGGACGUUAUACGAGCCAGAAUACAGGUGGAGGGCACCAAAUUCGGGGAGACUGUCCGGAUACUGGUGAAAGAGGAGGGCGUGAGGCUAGUGUUGAAGGGACUGUCAGCCAGGCUGGUGCAGUCCAUCUCCUUCUCCUUCUUUAUAAUCCUGGGUUAUGAGUCCAUCAAACGCUGGAGUCUUUUGGAGGAACAUCGCAGUUCUGUACGAUGGUGAUGAAGGCAUUACCUAGGUAAUUUUUUUAUAUUUGAGUAUCAACACUAAACUGAUAGACUAGACUAGCAUUGGACGCUGCCGGUGUGCCCUGAGGGACAUAAGGUGAAUAAUGGAUGCUGUUGGUGUGGCCUGAGAGACAUAAGGUGAAUAAUGGAGGCUGUUGGUGUGGCCUGAGAGAUAUAAGGUGAAUAAUGGACGCUGUUAGUGUGGCCUGAGGGACAUAAGACGAAUAAUGGACGCUGGUGGUGUGGCCAGAGGGAUAUAAGAUGAAUAAUGGUCGCUGUUGGUGUGGCUUGAGGGACAUAAGGUGAAUAAUGGAGGCUGUUGGUGUGGCCUGAGGGACAUAAGAUGAAUAAUGGACGCUGGUGGUGUGGCCGGAGGGACAUAAGAUGAAUAAUGGACGCUAUUGGUGUGGCUUAAGGGACGUAAGGCAAAUAAUGGACGCUGUUGGUCACUGUGAAGAUGGAAGUAAAGCUGUGUAUAUGUGCACAUGGUCAUGUUGGUUUUGUGUCAGGAAGCUUGCUGCUCUGUGCACUCUGAAUGGAAGUAGUGUGCACUCAGCAACACACAGACGUGGAGCCAGUUUAAAGUAUUCCCUACUGUAUGUAGUACAUAAAUCAAAUAGACCUUUUCUGCAAGGUAGGUUGUCUCCCCCUGAUUGUUUUGGGAUAUUUGUGCUGCAGGGGACUAAUCACAGAAAUCUAAAUUACGUCAUUGUGUUAUGGUGACAUAACAAAAAAAAAAAAAAAAACAAGCAAGUAUUUUCUGUUGCAUUUUGUUAUUUCAACGUUAUGUGUAUAAAAAAAAAAGCUAUUGACUGGAAAACAGUGAUGUAUAAAUUUGGAAGCAGUAACAUGAUUUGUCACCGUAGUGACACCUGUUAUUUUGUUUAACAAAUAGAUAGAGAUCAACUGAUCAAGGGGAAAUAACAAGAAUUCCAUCACAACCUAUGUUCUAGUUUCUGGAAAACUCAACAGCUUUCUACCAUUCCUGUCAUAUUUUUAGAUGUCUCUUGGCAGCUACAUGUGCUUGUGCUUGCACUUCCUGUAAAACUGAGAGAAGCCACAUUGGCACUUGAGACUAUGCUGUAUGUAAACACCCAACUGCCAUAACAGAGCAGCCAUGGUCAAAUUUAGUACCAAGUCGCCGACAGCGGCCUUUGAAGUUUGAGACUUAAGCCGUUUUCUUUGGCUGAUGAAAGAGCAGCAUUUCAAAGAAUCAGUAACACUUUCUACUUGGUAUUUCAGUUUCUCUAUUGGUUUGGUUGCAAGAUGCUGUGAACUAGGAUAAGAUUUACUAUGUGGAGUUUCAAUAAAAUGGAUAUUUAAUGUAGUUAGCUUUUCAUCGCUAAGCUAAAGUGUAGACAAUCAAGGGGAAAUUGGCACCCAGCUCUUGUGUACAAUGAAAUCUUAUGACCUGACCAUCAAAAAAAAAAAAAAAAAAAAUUAAUGGCUUGAUGAAAUACGAAUAUGGCUUGCUUUAAGAAGCCAGGCUUAUAAGAUAAGUGGGCUGGAAAGAGAUUCUUUGGUUUGAUCAGAUUUCACCUGCACAGGUAUUUGUUCUGUUUAGUAUCUUUGAUCCUUAUGACACAGGUGUACUGUAUACAGAUAUAUAUGUAUAUAUACUCACAUAUCAUAUAGUACGGUAUCUUUGAAAGAUGAUAAUCAAAGAGACUGUUGUACCAACAGUUAUGCAUGUUGAGUGCUCUAUUCCACCAAGAGGACAAUAGAUUUAUUUAUUACUUAGUACAUGUACAGUACUUAUUUAUAAAUUAAAGGAAUUCAUCAGCCCUCAUUUACAAAACAUUGUAGAUGAAUUUUCUGAAGUUUUUCUCAUGUAAAUCAUAUAUUUUCGAAAGGUUGAAAAGAAAGAUUUCCCCCUAGAAAAAAUGAUCUACAAAGUUUUGUAAAAGAGUGACAUGGUGUUGAAGGGGCUAUACUGGAGAUUUUUGGCAAAAAAUACAUCAGUCAAAUUUUCUGUGUUUGUCAGAAUUAAACCAAAUUAUUUGCCUUUCAGUGAAUAUCAGUGACUCAAACAUGUGAAAUAUGUACUCUGUUAUAGUGCUAGAAUGUGUCACAUGUAUAACUUGAUUCAGAAAUUAUAACACCGUUAUUCCUGAUUUUGAAUGGUAACACGUGCUCAGA